UGCGGCAUUUUAACGGUGCGUCACCAUUCAUACAGAGGUUGCCAACGUAAGGUUACUUCCUCACUUAAGUCUAGGAAUGCUUUGUGUGUGUUUUAUGUCAUUAGUGUGGGCAGCCUAGCGUUAUUAAUACCGUGGUUCGGCGCGGCCCCUGGCGGCGGGCGGCGGCGCAGGCGCAUGCGGCAGCGCCUUGUUUACACCGGGGAGGGAGCGCCGCCAUUGCCGCCCCAGACACCAAUAACACAAAGGCCGCGGCGUCACCAGGCUGCAGACGUUUUUGUGCCUGAGUAUUGCCCCGAGGACACGAUGCUGGCCGUCUCCAAGGCAGUGAAUGUGAAGGAGGAGAAGUAUCGGCCCGAGGACGCCGACGUGGAGGACGUGCACAUGACGGACAUGGAGAUGAUGCCGCCGCCGCCGCCCCAGACCGCAAAGCUUUUAUGGGAAAGUACUGAAAUAAAGUCCACUAAGCGGCGAUCAAGAGGGGUCACACGCAGGCGAAGACAAAGACCAAAGCCAAAAACAAGAAAUGGAGAAAUUGGACGUCAGAAUGGCCAUGGACACCGAGAAGGAAGUGUGGGUGGGAUGUCAAAAGAAGAAAAUGGAGAAAGCGGCCAGGCUCACUCCCUCAAGCGUAGCUCUUCCCAUGACGUUGAGAUGGGUGAUCAGCAAGACUCUGCAGCUAAGCGGCGUAAAACAGGACCUCCUCAACCAAAGAACCCGAUCAGCAAACUGAAUGAACUGCGACCUGGUCUAGUGUACAAAACCUUGGCCAUGGAAGGACCUUCACAUGCUCCAGUCUUCACAGUUUCUGUAGAGCUUAAUGGACAGGUUUAUCAAGGCACUGGUCGCAGCAAGAAGCUGGCCAAACAUGCCGCUGCAGAGGCAACAUUGAGAUCUUUCCUGCAGUUCCCUAAUGCUUCUGAUGCUGCUGAGGCACUGGGCACAAACAUUACAUCGCCCCAGGACUUCACCAGUGAUGUUUCUGAGGCUGGGUUUGGUGUGGGCUCCUCCAGUGGUGACACGCCUCCGACAAAAUUGUCGGCAUCAGCUACUGGUGGGGACUCUAGCAACAGUGUGGCCAGCACCACUCCCUCCCCAGUGGCAACAAUUCCAACAGGACCCUCACAGACAUCCAAGAAUCCAAUUAUGCUUUUGAAUGAAUUGCGGCAGGGUGUCGAUUACACUCUAAGACAAGAGUCUGGAGAACCUCAUGCUAAGACCUUCACGUUCCAAGUUACUGUGGAUGGACAAUUAUUUGAAGGCACAGGUAACAGUAAGAAGCUUGCCAAGGCUGCAGCUGCACGUCAAGCCCUGAGCAAGCUGUACGGGUUGAUUGCCACUCCACCGUCUGCUGUUUUACAUCACACACCUAUAUCCAGCAUGCCCAAUAUUCACAUGCCUCAGACACUUGCUGAUAAAAUUGCAAAAUUGGUUUGUGAGAAGUUCUCUGAACUAACAUCAGGGAAUCCAACCCUUGCCAAAAGAAAGGUGCUUGCAGGUAUAGUCAUGACUAAUGAAAAUGACUUGGAAGACAUGAAGGUAAUAGGUGUGGCAACAGGUACUAAAUGUAUCAAUGGUGAGCAUCUGAGUCUUCAAGGACAGUGCAUCAAUGACUGUCAUGCUGAGAUUGUGGCACGCCGGUGUCUUCUACAUUUCCUCUAUGGACAGUUGGAGAAAAUGAUGCUGUUGAAGAAAAAUGGAGGACCAUUUGACACUAUUUUUGAAGAUCUUGAAGAUACAAAAGGAUUCCGAGUUAAGCCAGAGUAUAAGUUUCACCUUUACAUCAACACUGCCCCAUGUGGAGAUGCACGGAUCUUUGCCCCACAUGAAGAGGAAGCGGACCGCACAGACAGACAUCCCAACAGACAGAGUCGGGGGUUGUUGCGAACCAAAAUAGAAUCAGGGGAAGGAACUAUUCCAAUUAAGGCUGGUGCAGAUAACAUCCAGACCUGGGAUGGGGUACUGCAGGGAGAAAGACUUCGCACAAUGUCGUGUUCAGACAAAAUAGCCAAAUGGAAUGUUGUGGGUCUGCAGGGUGCUCUCCUGUCACACUUCCUCGAGCCUGUCUACCUUGAAUCUAUUGUCUUGGGUUCAUUAUUUAGUGCAAUUCAUAUGUACAGAGCUGUUAGUGGAAGGAUAGAACAGACUGUUCAAGGACUGCCAUCUCCAUUUAGAUUAAACCAACCAAAGAUGAAUCAAGGAAGUUCAACAGAGUCUCGUCAGCCACAGAAGGCCCCUACCAUAUCUGUUAAUUGGGACUGUGAAGGUGAAAGUUUAGAAGUUCUCAAUGCUAUGACUGGCCGACAAGAAGGUGAAAAUUUCUCAAGGUUGUGUAAGAGGAAUCUCUUGACAAGGUUUUGCGGAUUGUUAGACAAUCUUCCAACCAUAACUGAGGUGGACGCUGGGGCUGUGAAGUGUCUUUCAUACGGAGAAAUCAAGGCUUUAUCUGCAGAUUAUCAGACAAGUAAGAGGGCAGUCAGCACAGCAUUUGCCCGGGCUGGCCUGGGACAGUGGAUCAGCAAACCAAUGGAAGAGGAUAGUUUCUAUAUAUGAUACUGAGAGGCAGCAGCAUUGUUUUCACAUGGAGAAGUUGAGAGAUGCUCCACCAAAUAACUGAGGUAUAUAGGUCUCAGAUUUUUUUUUUUUUUUUUUUUUUUUUUUUUUUGUCACUGUGUGUGUGACUUAUCAAAACUUUUGCAGUAUCUAGUGUUGCUUUAAAGUUUUAAGGUUUGCUUCUGUACAGUUUUUUUUUAAUUAAACUGAAGCAAAGUGCAGAUUUUGAUGUAUUAUACAUUGUUUUAUGAAUGGGUAAUGUUGCCAGCUUGCAAGGUGCAGCUGUUCUUAUUUAUGUGAAAUUAACAAUUCUGCCUAUUAUUUUGGACCUUACUUUAGUUCCGCUGGAUCCAAAAAGAAAACAGUUCUAGAAUUUAUUUCCAUUUUCAUUGAUCAUCUGUGCUUAUAGUGACAAUUAGAGUUUUCUGCAGAUACUUCCAGAGCUGAAUAGUUACAUGAAACAGUUCAUAAUAGAAUCAAAGUUUCAUAAAUUUUAACUGCAAAGUGUAUAGUACAUAAUGUUUUCACUUGAAUAACACACAUGGCUUAUUUCAUACAGUAGAAGUCUUAAGCCUAAGGUGUUCUCUGGCCAUCUCAAAGAUAUAAGGGGAGGCGAUGCAAUGCCUAAAGUAAACCUCUAUCUCAUCUAGAUGCAUGAAGAGGCAAAUGGUUCAUGAGUUUACUUUUACAUCAUGUUUUUUUUAAAAUUUUGAAAAGCAUGUUGCAGCAUUAAUCCAGCCAUUCAAGUAGCUGAUAUCUACUGAAAUGCCAGUAUUCAGGCAUGGUCCUAUGUAGCCUUUGAGGAAUUUGAACAUUGAAUAGUGGUUCACUUGACAGCAACUCUUCCCUUCUGCCCUGGUAGAUUCACCUGGAAUCAUUUAGUUAUCAAAUCAGGCUUAAGGUGAGCAUUUGUUAAAUGUUUCUUCUACUUUUUUUCUUUGUCUUCCAUGUGUUUACAGCCUUUUCAGGCUGAUUUGGGGUGCCAUGUUCAGUUAAUGUUAAGUUCCCAUCUGAUAAUAUUGCCAGGGUAAUCUCACUUAAAAAAGGAGUGCAGAAGCAAUGAAUUAGUUUGUGGUUGGAGUUUGUGUGUACAGUGCAAGGUUGAAUGAAAACUUGAAAAUUCCUGCAUAUCUUUCUUGUGUCCAUUACCUUAAAAAAAAAUCUCCCUGUGGACCUUGAUUAUGGUGAAAAGAUUAACAUUAAUUUAGCUUAUUCAUAGUCCAUAAGAAGAUUUCCCUUAGGCAGUGACCAUAAAGGGAUGUACAGGGAGCACUGUGCACGUACCUCCACCAACUUUAAUAUUUCUUUUUGUUUUACAUUCACCUCAUACAGAGAGAUUAUUUCAACUUAGUUUUAUUAGAGAAGAACUUCACAUUUCCCCAUAGUACCAUACAUGAGCCCCAAAAGUUUUAAACACCUAAGGAGAUAAGCAAAAGGGAGUGAAGGAAUCAAGACAGCAACAUUGGCACAUUAUUCAUAUAUUUUAAUUCCUAAACAGCUCUUUGAAAGUUGGCCAGAAUAUUGUGCAACAUUACAUUAGUCCUGGACUAUACAACUGUCUCAGAUUACAAUUAUUUUUCAUUGUUUGCCAGCUGCAGAAGCCCCAUUUUCCACCAGUCAUGCAGACCUGUAAAAUACCUACUCCCAUUUGCCCUGCCCCCCUUCUUCCCCCCAUGGUGCUUCCACUGUAGGGUAGAGUAUGUUUCAAUUCUUUUUCACAUUAACAACAUAUAGUUUAAAAAGUAUAACUUGUGAUACUCAUUAAAAAGUCAAGAUAAUAUUUUAGAAAAUGUCACUCAAAAAUGAAACCUUUUCAUACUGCCAAGCAUCGCCUUCCCUUGAGAUGUAUCAUGCGAUUUCAGUGUUUUCAUUGCUCCAAAAUACAAUGCAUUUAUAUACAUAUAUAAAUAAACAUUCUUUUAAAGGAAAGUCAUUAUAUUUUUUUAUUUAUAAAUGUUUCUUUCAUGUUAUGCAUAUUUAGUCCAGUAAAACAGUACAACCCAAAUCUCUCCACAAUUUCCUGAUCUUGUAAAUGAAAGUCUUUCUGAUGACAAACCACUCCAUUUUAUUUUGUGUGACCAAAGAGCAUAUUAACACCACAAAUAGGAACAUGGUGUACAGUAUUCAUACUAUGGAAUUCAGUCUGACAGAUUUGAGUAAUACAAAUAAAAAUUAGUUAGAUCUCAUAAUUUUACCUGGUAAGAUGCAAAAUAAGAUUUAUAAUCAAUUUAUUUAGAUUAUACUACACAGUAUAUCAACAUUUCUCAUGUACUACCGAAAAAUAAUCCAGUGUCAGAAUCUGGCAGUUUCUCAUCUGUGAUCAACAAUUACACAAAGCUUUCUUUCUUAGCCAUCCCUUCCUUGGUAUGGGACACCUGAUGAUGCUUUUAUUACCACACCACAUGAUAGUUUCUUGCAAUUCCAACACACUUUCUCUUCAGUUAGUCCAUCAAGUCAAGGGGAGACCAUGUCUUCUGGGAAGGAAAGUGUUAGUUUGAUAUGCCAUAGAAUAUCGUUAUGGUGUCUAGCCUCUGACAGACCCUAAAUGCAUUCUCCCUAUUAGGCGAUAAAGUAAAAGUGGGUCCUGUAGUGAAAUCCAUUCUCAUGCAAUAGUAUAUGCAAAGUUUAAAAAGGAAGGUUGGAAACUGAAAGAGCGAAAUGGUUGUCAGUGACAGGUAACAAAAAUCUAUCAAAAAGACCAUGGAACCUCUCUUGUGGUAAGAUUGGAAUAGACUCAUAAUUGGAGGACCUUGUAAGGUGUCGCCAUUUAAUAAAACUACAAAAACUUCCCCAAACACAUUAGGUGUGCUAGUCACUUGAUUUGUUAAAAGUGUUUUUGCAUAACUAUUGUAAACUUCAUCUUCUGUACCAGAAAAAGACUCAAAAAGCAUAACAUCACUCCCCUAGACAUUAAACUUCAAAACUAGUAGCACAUGACUAUGAAAUUUAAACAAUUCUUCUCCCUCACCUGUUUUGACUUACACAUCUGCAUGACGAGCAGUUUUUUACAACGUACACAUCACUAGUAAAAUAAAGGCUUCAAAUAAGUUCUACAAAGCUGUCACAAAGUGAAUUGUGUCCCUUCUAUCUUAACCACAUACAUAUAAUUGCAAUAAGAGAUUAGGCAUUUUAGUGUCUGCUAAACAUAUGCUUUAUAUUAGAUUUAUAAGAAAGCACAAAAUCAAGGCCCGAGUAAUGGAAAUGAGCCAUGUGUGAAGCCCUUACUGUACAUUGAAGUGGAUUAAGGAAAGAAAUUCAAUCAUUUCUGUGAAAUACAUCAGGAAAUCAUAAAGAAUGAAAGAUAUUUGGAUUGCUGAGUAAGUGUGAGAGGGACUGGAAAAGAAAAUGCCAUAUAUGAAAGAAUUGUUGAAAGUGAAAUUGAGAAGAGAGAAGUUUGGUAUACCACCUGAAAAUUUCAUCAAAUAGCAUAUGGAGAUGAAAACAGGUAUUUCUCAGAGGGGAACAUCAGAUAAGUAUAAGGAUGAAUUAAUACUACAUGUAUGAGCAAUGCAAUGAAUCUGGAAUUAGAAAGGAAAAACUGAGGAUAUCUGUGUGUAUUGGGUUUAGUGCAUAUAUUGCAGGUAGACAUAAAGUUAACAUAUAUGCCUUCCUGGUUUUAAAUUACCUGUACCAGUUGCAAAAAUUAUUGUGCCUAUAGAACAUUUACUUCUGGGUUCUAAAUAGAAACCUUUGUUGAAUCCUGUCAAUCCCUUAUUACCUCUUAUGGGAUGAAAAAGGGCCAUUUCACGUUUCCUAUAAUAAUUCAGUUAGUAAUAGUGCCAAGAGCAGAGGCUGCAAGAUUGGAAUGUCUUUAGUGUGGAAAAGUUAUUGAAGUUCACAGGCAACUGUGAAAUCAAUGAAUAUGUAUUUGACAAAAUAUCAGAUGUGCAUUUUAGUUGCCUAAAUAAAUACUCAGAUACAGAGCAUCAUUGGCAGCCUCUUUGUCAGGUUUUGUUGGGUCUCCUUCACUUAGCUCUUUUGUUGAAGCAAAAAAUUUAACAUUACAAGUGGAGAUGAAUAACUUUGCACAAAAGUAUGCUAUAUACUGUAGUCAAGCACCAUGUAACAUACGUGUAGUGACGUCCAGUGUGAAAUGUAAUAAUUUGAUGAAAAGUACAAACAUGUGCACAUUGCUCAGAUCACUAGGUUAGCUAUAUAGUAAAUCUAGGAGUUUUACACAUUACAUAGUUAUUUUAAUAAAUCCCACAGCCUUAAAAUUAAAAAUCUGGUAGCAUACUAAGAGCACACAAGCUUCUGUGGCAAAGUGAAAUUUUCUGGUUUCUGUACCAGAUACCAAAUAUUGGGACUUUAUUCCAAAUCCUAGAUUUUUGGUAUGUGCACUUUUUUUAUUUACAUUUACAGUAAUUCUUACUCUGUAUCUUUCAAUUUGUGUACCCAGCCAUCCUCUACUUAUUGUUUCCACCUAGAGCAAUGUCUACAUUACUUUUGCAUCUGGUAAUCCAGUAGGGUAGAUAGCAUGGAGUCAAAUGAUUGACCACUAUCUCAGAUUCUCAGUUUUUAAGGCUGAAAGCAUCUGGCAUAAUACUUUCGAACAAACCUUGUAUAUUCCUCUAUUUCUUUAGAAACUAGUGAAAUAUAGCAACAAUACCUUAUCAAACUCAGCUCGUGUUGCAUAUAACAAUUUAAAUAUCUAGUUCAAAUGCUCUAGAUACUUGACUCUUCCACUCUCUCUUGCAUGAUUUAUUUUCACCCUGAAUGUUAAAACAAUAUCUUAUUCAGCAUAGCUCACUUUCAUGCCAAAGCACACUAUUAUCUUGCCUUUUGUUUGUUACAUAAUGGCAUGUGUAACUAUACAAUAAAAUACCCACUAUACUGAAGUGUAAAAAAUACAUUGACUUAGAAGUCCAUAGUACAGUGCCACACAUAUAGUAAACUACUUGUCCUUUCAUUCCUUACUCCUCAUUCCUUAACUACAAAAAAUGAUAUUGGUAUUGAACUUGAAAGUAGGAAAUCAGUCCUCCAUAAUGUACAUUUUUGCUUGACUGAACUGCUUGACAUACAAUGGAGUAAUAACCAAGGACAAUUGCAGAUUUCUCAGCAAUGUAAAGUACUCAUGAGUGCAUCAAGCUGUGACACGUCACAAAAUACACAUCUGCUAACCAAGGGGUUAUUUACACUAGGCUCAGAAGCAAUCUUCAUAACAAAUGCCAAACCUUUGUACAUAUCUCUUAAAAAAACAAAACUGGACACUAGAAGAAAAUUUGUUGAAUAUCACAAGACAAGAAUAAUUUGCUAAGUGUAGGAAUUUGUCAGCUGUUUAUCUUGUAAUAUAAUUUUGCAAAUUAAAUUGAAAUUUGGAAUGGUCCUAUUCAAGCCGCAGAGAUAAUAACUAAGAGUAGUCAUACUUUUUUUAUUAAAUAUAUGGCCUAACAAUAAGAUUGGCAUUACAUACUGGUUUGAUGAAUGAUGAAUCCCAGGGAUCAGAAUAUGUUCUCAAUAAGUUUAACUAAAUCCUUUUAAGUUGCUGGCAAGCUUCUGCUACAUUCCACCCCUUUUCACAUAUCCAGGUGGUUGUGCACAAGUGAAUGAGUUAUACAUUAUAACUUUUACAACAGCCUCCUCUCCAACAGUACAAAUGGUAUCAAUUUCUGUUUGAAAAUAAUUCAAGAUUUAACUUGAAUUAGAGGGCACUGAUUAUGUAUUUUCCCCACAGAAAAGUUAAGAGACAUUGCACUUGUGAUAUAAUCUUGGCCAGUUUUCAGAAGUCAGGGAUUCUUCACAAAGGAGAGUUUUUGAGCUGGAAAAUCCCCUUACCCUUUUUUAACAUGUAGAAAGUUAGUUUCACUGUUCAUACUGUCAGUUGUUAAAACUCUUAGAGUGUUAUUUACUGGUUGUUGAAUGAAAUGACUGAUGCCUGCAUUGCAAUCCAAGUAAUUCCUGCAAGAAAAAUAACAUGUAGUCAUUAUUUAUUGUGGCCUUUACCUCCAGAAACUGUUAAUAAGUUUUUUUCAUGCCCCAAGCUAAGGGGGUGAUGUGGAAAUGUCAGAAAAAAGUAAGUCAGAGGUGCAGGUUCACCCCCUGUGCACUACCUUCAUCCUCUCUGACUAACCCAAUUCUGUCCUUUCUUUCACAUGGGGGAAAAAAAUGGUGUAUUGCAAGAACUUUCCCUCACUUUGCUGAACUGUGGCUUUGUGAUAAAAAGUUGGUAGUAUAAUGAGAGCAGAAACCACAUCACUAGAUGAUUUUCAGCUCUGUUUAUUUACAAUCUUUUAUUAAGGUUGCUCUAGAGUAAUACUCAUUUAUUAACUUCUAAUGUCCAUCCUAGACUAGUGUUAGAUAUUGUGUAAACCUACCACAAUACAUGUAUUUGGAAUUAUGGUGCUUGAUUCUGAUUUUCUUAUUUAGCUUCAGAGGGCAUGCUGGCAAUCGGUGAAUAAUUUUCUAUUUAUAUUUAUGUAGUUAUUAUUAGCUAUAACAGUAACCAUACUAAUAUUAUGACCAGAUCUGCUUUGACAGUUGCUGUACUGAUCACUUAGCUGAUAGAUACUAUUUGUUUGAACUCAUGAUCCCUGGUGACACUUCCUGAUGGCCUGCUUUAUUGACUGAACAUUGAACAAUCUUCAUAUCAAAUACCAAAGAGAUAUGUUGAUGCAUUAAAAUGAUUAUAUGGAUCAGGCCCAAGAUCAGGUGCCUUACCAAAGUUGCAAUACCAAAGUAAGGAUGACAACUGUCUACCUAAAACUCAAGGGUGAUUUACCCUAUCAUCUGUAAUAAUUAAAGGAUAUUAUUUUGCUUCAUAAAAUUUGUUAUUAGUGGGUAUUUAUAGACCUCGUCAAAAUAAUCUGAAAAGGCAGUUCUGAUAUAUUUUAUAGCAGUAGUAACAUACAAAAUUACAGAAUAUAAAGGUAAUACUAUUUGAUCAUCCAGUUGGUCUGAGUAUCCCUUAUCACAUAUCAAACACAGUCCUCUCCUUCAGCUUUGUGAUUUGAUAUGUUUGUUCACAUACUGUGUAUGGUUGUGUGUUUGUAUGUGUACAUGUAUGUGCACUUACCUAUUGUGUACUUAUUUUAAUGUGCACAAGCACUUGUACAUGUUCAAGAUUGCACCUGUAAGUGUAUAUGUGUAUUGGUAUUUGUGAAUGUGUAUGUGUAUAUAUGCAUGUAACACAUCUUUCUGGCAUGUGUUUAGAAAGAACUGCAACUUAUUCAUCAAUAUUAUUUCUCAAAAAAUAUAAGGAACUUUUCAUCUUACUCGGUGAUUCUUAACCUUUUUACUGGCCCACUAGAAACUGGUCCUUCCCUCCAUGCUCCCCUUGCACACAUAAAAGCUAUUGGAUGAAUGAAAAGUCUGUGUCCAAUAUGAUAGGAAAGGACCAGUCAAUGAGGCUUACCAACAAAAAGUUUACAGGACAAAUUAACUCUCCCCCCCCAAAGGGAUUUGGGGGAUAGGGAGGGGGGUCAAUAAGUACAGAAAAUGGUAAGCCUAAGUAGACUCUAGAUUUAGAAACCUAUACUUAGUAAAGACGAUACGUUUGCAUUUUUUCAUAAACUAGCUACUAGUCCACACUUUUGUUAAGAGAAUAACAAAUAUAAGGUAAAUUACUAUUUUUCCCCUAGGUCUUCCCUCUCCCCCCCCCCCCCCACCACCCAACCCACCCACCCAGAAAAUUAAUGGCAGUCCCUUAGGGGUCAUUGCUCCCCAGGUUAAGAACCAUUGAUCUAACUCCUUGCUUUGCAAUUAGUCUUCAUAAUACUUUGUACUCUUUUAAUACUGUUUAAAUCUUAUUUUCCUCAAAUUAUUUUUAUUUUCGUUGUAUUUUCUUGAAAAGAGCAUGUGAAUUUACUUCUAGGAUAGAGCAAGUUACAAAAAUGCGUACAGAGGAUUGGGCAUAAGUGUAUGAGGCAAAGGUGCAGAGUGCAGUGUGAUAGAAUGGGUAAUAAACAUUGAGGUUGUCUGUAUAUGUUUUGAGAUUGCAAGAUGAUUUUGUGUAGAUGGUGUAAGAGACUCGGGUUGAAGAGGAUGGCAAGGAGCACAGUCAAGGUGGCUUGAUAAGAUUUAAGGAUACAUGAAGAAGAGAGGUGGGAAAGGGUUGAGUUGGUAAAAUAGUUGAAAUGGGGAAGGGAAAGGAUGGUUCCCAGAGGAAACAGGGCAUUGCAGCCAUAGACUGAAAAACUUGUUAUUGUGUGUAAAUUAUUUCAAUCCUUUUCUCUAAUCUAUUUUAGUGUGUGUGUGUGUGUGUGUGUGUGUUAGUCUAUGUGUGCACAUGCAUGCUUGUAGGAAGAGAGACAGCAAUGAUGCCUGGGUUGGAAGAAAGGCUACAGCUUAAAGUUGCCCAGUUUAGUAGGGCAAUAGGCAUUAGGUAUGUAUCAGAAAAUUAAUUAUAAAAUUGCUGCAUAGUUUGCUCUUCCAUAUCAUUUUUAUCAUGGAUUUUUAUUGUAUCAGGUCUCAGUCAUUUUAGGGAAAUUUUUUCCAGCUAGUACUAAUCUUUUAGCUGCCCUUUAUUUAUGAAAGUAGGUUUACCAUGAACAUUUUCACGAAGUAAAUGUCAAAUAGUCUUGCUAACAUGAUGCACCUUUUCACCUGCUCCAUCUAUCAAAACUUCUUUAUUGAGUUAUACUGUGAAACAUUAUGAUGGAUGUAUCUCUGGCCGCAUAUUAGUCAGUAUGUAGAGCAAUAACUACAUCAUGCAGGUACUAUUUUCAUUAUACAUCUCCACAGUUUUUAUCCCUCCAGCAUGGUAUGAUCUUUAUUUCAUGGAGUUUUCUUUCUCUGCAGAAAUGGGAUUAUAUAAUUGGUUGUAUUGCGCUAGACCUUCAUUGUUUGCCAUGGUCACACAUAUACUAUAUACAUUGGCAGCUAUUUUAUAAUGCCUUGCAAUUCUGAAUGUGGCCAUGCAUGAUUGUCAUAUGCCUUAGGGUUACUAUAUGUAUCUGGGAUAAUGUUCAUAGUUUUCAUGUAUGGAUGGGGAAAGUGUGUUGGAAAGCAGUACAAAAUCUAUGGCAGUGUAGGAGCUAGGGCCAUACAAUCUAGUGAAGGCAAGUCACAUUGGGGUUAGCUGUGGUAACACUUGCCUGGUUAAAAUAAUUGUCCCCUAUCAUUUUGAGCAAAUUGGGAAAAAUCUUGAAAUUCUUGUUAAUCCGUGUUGUAUAUGGUAUCAAUAUUUUCUUUUAUCUUCUGCAUAUAUGUAAGAUGAUUGGUUAUCAGUAUCCAUUACAGUUUCUAGUAAAAGAUUAAUGUCAAGAUUAUUUUAUCAGAAAUCACUGAAUUUCUAGUUAAGCUAUAUUCUUAAUAAAUAUGGAUGUCUGAAUGCGGAUGGAUGUCUGAAUGCAUUUCAUCACCCAAAAUAUGUCUAUAACUGUUGAUAUUUAGGAAAUUUAUUGAUAGGGUGUUCUUUCAAUUGAUGUAUGAUUCAAAAACUGUUAUUACAAGUUGACAUAAUAGUUUCUGAAGUCGUUUCUAGCAUAGUGGAAACUUGUCUUAGCACCAUCUUUCUCACCUUCCUUCAUUUUUCUUAAUUUCAUGAUAUUUUCAUUUAUCUUAGCAGCAUCUAUAACUUCUAGGUUUAACUAGCACCUGUGUCUCUUUUACAGUUUUCUCUUUUAUAAUCAAUUUACACUGGCCGAGGACAUUGUGGUUCAGUGUUUAAGUCAUGUUAGGAAGUUUACAGGAGCCAAGUCCUUUUCACAUUAAGGUUCCUUGAACUUAUAGACUAUCGGCUAGCAUAAUUUAUGUACUCCAAUGUGCCAAAGCUAUUAUACUUGGUUUUGAGAAUUUUGCAUUGUUGUUAAUAGAACUGUAAAUGAA